CUUUCUGUGUAAUUUUAGAACAAGUGUGGUAAUUCCAUAUUGACACACGCUGCUAAGAGAUGGUAUUCAUGUAAUAGCUGAAAGAGCAUAUACUUUUACUUAGCCCGUUCCUCUCUCAAAAAGGGAAAAUGGGUUUUUUAGAAUUCCGUUAUUAGUGAGAAAGAGAAGUUUGAAUCCCCACUGUCUCCCCCUUUUUGCUUUUCAUUUUUUUUUCUUUCCCAAUGUCACAUUUACCGAAAUUAGUAACAAAGAAUCUCGGCGACUCGACCUCUUCGUCGCAGCAAGAACUAAAUUCUCCAUUGACACCAUCUCAGGGCGAACCGAUGAAUAAUAAAUCUCGAGAAAAGACAAAGUUGAAAGGAGUUAUUACCAAAUUUAUGGGCAACUUUAACGAAUUUCUAUCAUCGAAUGGAAACAAUAAGCAAGUAGCUGGAAGGGCUAUGGAUAUAUCUACACCGUAUAAUACAGUGCAUGUGACGCAUGUGGGGUUCGAUCCAAAUACAGGUGAAUUCACUGGUUUACCCAAACAAUGGUUAACGUUACUCACACAAAGUGGCAUUACAAAACAGGAACAAGAGAAUAACCCACAGGCGGUAAUUCAUGCUAUCGAAUUCUUUCAAGGCUCAACACGAGAGGAAGAAGUCGUUUGGAACAAGAUACCUCAAGUUACUUUGGAUAAAUCAGAUACCAGUAAGUCUCUGGAACGUUUUCCCACACUUCGCAUCACCAAAAGUACAAGAGGGGAAUCUGAAUCGGUAUCUGAAAAAAGUAACACGACCCAAAUAGUUGUUGAACAUAAAAAACAAUUAGAAGAUGAAUUCAUGGAUGAUGUACGUUCUAUUAAUACCGAAUCCACCGCCUCUCUCGGUCAAGAAUUGGAGCAAAAACAAGACAUACCUGAAAAUUCCGCCACUAGUUCAUUAUCCUCCGCUCCUCCAGGCACCGUCAAACAAAGACCCCCCAAAGAAAAAUCUAUGAACGAUCAAGAUGUCAUCCUUAAAUUACAAGAAUUAUGUGCCAAUGCGGAUCCUCUCUUGAUCUAUUCAAAUAUGGAAAAAAUCGGUCAAGGUGCUUCGGGCGGUGUUUAUAUCGCUUAUCGCCAAGGUUUUACUACACCCGUCGCAAUUAAACAAAUGAAUUUGGAAAAACAACCCAAAAAAGAACUGAUCAUUAACGAAAUCAUGGUAAUGCAACGCUCUCAACAUCCCAAUAUUGUCAACUUUAUCGAAUCCUAUCUCUGGAAAGGUGAUCUCUGGGUUGUGAUGGAAUAUAUGGAAGGGGGGAGUUUAACAGACGUUGUAACCUGUAACAUGAUGAUGGAAGGACAAAUUGCUGCUAUCUGUAAACAAGUUUUGGAGGGUUUGAAACAUCUCCAUGCCAACGGAGUGAUCCACCGAGAUAUUAAGAGUGACAAUGUGCUAUUAAGUAUGCAAGGCGAAAUCAAAUUAACUGACUUUGGAUUUUGUGCUCAACUUCAUGAACCUCUAUCCAAGCGUACGACUCUAGUUGGUACACCUUAUUGGAUGGCACCUGAGGUUGUGACAAGAAAGGCCUAUGAUCAUAAAGUAGAUAUUUGGUCCUUGGGUAUUUUGGCGAUAGAGAUGAUUGAAGGCGAACCACCAUAUUUAAACGAAAACCCAUUAAGAGCACUGUAUCUGAUUGCCAACAAUGGUACACCCGAUUUACAAAACCCAGAGACACUUAGUGAUAUUUUCAAGGAUUUCUUAAUGUUAUGUCUUGAAGUCGAUCCUGCAUAUCGACCUUCAGCUGCUGAGCUUCUAAGACAUCCAUUUUUGCGCAAAUCCGACCCUUUUUAUACCUUAACGCCCUUGAUUAAAGCAGCGAAAGAGACGAUUCAACAACAAGAAGACUAAAAUAAUCCCCCUUGUGUACUAUAAAAUUCAUUCCCACAAUCCCCCAUUUACCUUUUUUUUUGUAUUUUUACAUAAAUUAUUCGCACACCUUUUGAAAAGUA